GGUUAUCCAUCCACUAGAGAUGAUUUCUAGACCCGUUUCAAGACUCGGGUCAAUCUUCUCCCGAUUUGGGCGAUUCCCCACCACCCGAAGCGCCUCGACCAAACCCCGGAUUUCACAGUUCCAACCUCUCGCCCGUUACCCCGGACCGACGCCCUCCCCGGCCGUCGUACGCGGCGGAGCUAAGUUUUCAACGAUGGCAAGCGGCCGAGAGGACGAUGCAAAAGUUGUUCAGUUCCAGCUGAAGCCUUCCACUCUGCUGAAGAUUCGCAUCGGUGACAUCACUAAGUGGUCCGUUGAUGGAUCUUCCGACGCCAUUGUAAAUCCUGCUAAUGAGCAAAUGCUUGGGGGUUAUGGUGCUGAUGGAGCCAUACAUAAAGCUGCUGGUCCUGAACUGAGAGAAGCAUGCUUUAAAGUCCCACAAGUUAGUCCUACUAUUCGAUGUCCCACUGGCGAAGCAAGAAUUACACCAGGAUUUAGAUUGCCAGCCUCUCAUGUGAUUCAUACUGUUGGACCUAUUUAUUAUAAACACCCUGAUCCUAAAACCGCACUGGAAAGUUCAUAUAGGAACUGCUUGCGGGUUGCUAAAGAAAAUGGCAUCCAGUAUAUCGCCUUUACUGCCAUAUCUUGUGGUGUCUAUGGGUAUCCAUUUGAUGAGGCUGCAAAUGUGGCCAUAUCUACAGUUAAAGCACACUGUGAUGAUCUCAGAGAGAUUCAUUUUGUUCUCUUCGCGGAUGACAUUUAUGAUGCUUGGCUCAAGGCAGCAGAUGAGCUUCUGCAUGAAGAAGAGAUGAGAAGAUAGAUUUCUGCUCCAGAUGACAUUUGUUAUAGGGUGGGGAUUCGAAAAAUCUUUUGUUGGCCCCUUCUUUGCUAGUUCCUUCUCUGCACGCUUCUCUUCCCAGUAUUUAAUCAUAUCUUUCAGUGCCUUCAACUUCUCUACACUUCUCAUCCCAAGCCCAGCCUCUUUUCCUCUUUCGAAUAGAGUUUAUCGAAAUUUACACAACAAAGUAGAUGCAAUGUAUUUUUGAGAGAAUGCAAAUCCCCGAUCCAACAUUUUUGAAAAUUGAUAUCCAUAUUCGGAGUAUCAAAAUGUAUACACUCUGUUCCACAAUAUGCAACCCAUCCCUCGGACAGCUUAUCCCAACUACUGAUUUUAACCAAAAUGCUGAUUCUUUUGAUUUUGCUUUUGAUCUUGUUCAUUGUUGGGAUAAGCUGAUGGUAGUAUUGCAUAUUGUGGAACAAGGUGUAUGGAUUUUGAUACUCCGGACAUGGAUAUUAAUUUUCAAAAAUGUUGGAACAGAGAUUUACAUUAUCUCAAAAAUAUAUGGGGUCUAUUUUGUUGUGUGAAUUUCGAUAAACUCUAUUCGGAAGAGGAAAAGAGGCUUAGACUUAGGAUGGGAAGUGCAGAGAUGUUGAAGAAGCUGAAAGAUAUGAUUACAUAUUGGGAAGGGAUGGAACUAGCAGAGAAAGGGCCACGGAUAUGAGCUUGUGAGAAGGGGCCCAACUUUGUGUAGUUUUAAAGUGGGGAUUAGAAAGAUUCUAAGUAAUGGAUCUCUUUGACUUUGUAUUAAGGUUGAUUUGUUGAAGUUUAUGCUUUCCGAUUUUUAUAUUGUUUUCAUUAUUUAUUUAAUUUUUUUAAAAAAUAAAUAUGUACUCCGUAU